AUGUGGAAUGUUUUUAAUUUCAAUAAUAUUGAUGAUAAAUUAAAAAAUUUUAAAAAUGAAAAAGAAAUAUAUACUCACGAAGAUUUAAGGUAUUACUUUGAAAAGUUGGUGAAAAUAAACCUGAACAAUGUGAAUGUAAAUAACUUCAUAGAAUUAAUAAGAAAAAUUACUCAAAUAACAAUAUGGGGAGACAAAUAUGAUGAUCAAAUAUUUCAAUAUUUUUGUGAGGACAACAUCUUUAAUCACUUCAUUUAUUUACUGAAGCAGAAAAUAAAUAAGAAUAUCAGGAUACAAAUAUAUCAGUCUCUUACUAUGUUAAUACAAAACAUACAAAAGGAUAUAUCUUUAUAUUAUAUAUUCAGCAACAACAAAAUAAACAAUUUAAUUUAUACCACAUUUAUUUAUCAAGAUGAUGAAAUUAUGCCAUAUUAUAUUUCAAUGAUUAAAUCAAUUUCUUUUUUUUUGAAUUAUCAUACCUCCAAGUUCUUUUUUAACGAAAAGAGUAUGAAAUUUCCGUUAUAUACAGAAUCAUUGAGGCUAUACAAAUUUAAUGAUAUAAUAACUAGGACAUACGUUAAAAACAUCAUUCUUAAUAUACUCAAAAUUGAUGAUGAAGGUAUAGAGAAUUUAAUCUUAUUAAGGUCGUCGUUUUUUACCAUCCUAGUAUGUUAUUUAAGAAAUAAUUUAAUAAAGAUGAAUAAAAUAUAUACCAAAACAAAAGAAUCGAAAAAAUUAAAUAAACAUUUCAAUAAUUAUUUAGAAGAAAUUGAUGAUGUUUUAUAUUUUUUUGAAGAUAUGCUUAAUUGCGAAAAAAAAAGAAUCAAUGAUAUGUUAAUAGUAAAACUUAUUAUUUAUUUUUAUUUUCCAAUAAUUGGUUCUUUUCAUAACGCCAUAUAUUUUCAUGGAGUUCAUCCUGAAAGCGAUAGUAACAUUUGUAAUCAUUCAGAGAAACGAGAAGAACAAAGUAUGUUCAAGAAGGAUAUUACUAGUAAUGAUAUAAACGAGGAGCAACUUAAUUAUGGUAGUCUUGAUUAUGUAUAUUUUUCGAGUAAUGCAAAAGAUGGUACUUCUUCAAAACAAGUUCAUAUGAAUCAUGCAAAAAAAAAUGACACGAAUAAUGUGAAUAAACAAAAUGAAGAGGACAAAAAUGAUUUGUUAGAUAAAAAUGAUAUGGAAGAUAAAAAUGAUAUGGUAGAUAAAAAUGAUAUGGAAGAUAAAAAUGAUAUGGAAGAUAAAAAUGAUAUGGAAGAUAAAAAUAAUUUGGAUGAUAAAAAUAAUUUGGAUGAUAAAAAUAAUUUGGAUGAUAAAACUAAUUUGGGUGAUAAAAAAAAAGAUCAAAAACAGAAAAAUAUGCAUAAGAAUGAAAAAGUUCCAACAGAUUCACAUAACGAAAAAAAAAAGAAAGAAGUUGCUUUCAAAUUAAACGAACAAAAUGAUAAUGACAUGAUGGAUUAUCAAAAUAAUAAAAUUACAAAAGAUGAUGAUAGUAAUAAUAUUAAUAAUAAAGACGAAAAAGAUAAAAAUGAUAUAAUUUAUACUAAUCCUGAAAUAUCUUUAGAGAAAAUUCAACUGUUCAAUUCAUAUAAUAUUCCCUUUUUACGAUUAGUUGAUACUAAUUUUAGAAAUUGUAAAAAUUAUGAUUUUUGUAAAAGUUUAUCUUCAUCAAAUGAAUCUUCUAUGAAUUCUAACAUAAGCUACAUUGAAAGAGAGAAGGAUGAAGAUUUAUUUUUUAAUGAAGAAAAUAUAACGAAAACUGAAACUUUAACAAAUGAAGAUGAUAAUACUAUAAAUAAAAAUGAAUCUAACAAAAAGAAUGAAAGUAAUAACAAAAAAAAAGAGAAAAAAAGUGAAAAUGCUUAUGAAUUUUUGUACUUUAAAGGAAGAUUAAAUGUUAGGAGACAAAAGGAUACUGAUAAAAAUAAAACAGAAGCAAAUAAAAAAAAGGUCGACAAUGAAACAAGCACUGUAAAAAAUAAUAAUAUGAUUGAUCAAUAUAAUAGUGAUUCUAAUUUUAUAAAAGAAAAUGAUUUAAAAGAUUAUUAUUUUAAAAAAAGAGAAAAAAAAAAUAUAUUUAUUCAAUUAAACUCACGAAAUGGAAUAUUACAUAAAAAAAAAAAAAAUAAUAAUAAUAAUAAUAAUACACAAUUGAACAAUAAUUCUUUUAAUAAUAAUGAAGAAUUUUGUGAUAUAAAUAAUUUUAUAAAUAAUAAAGAAUUUUUAAAAGAUAUUAAACAAAAUAAUUUAUAUGAUUCAUGUUAUGUAGAAAUACCAACGCUCCAAAAAAAAAUUACUUUUGAUGAAAAUAUUAAUAAUGAUAUAUAUAAUUAUUUAUUUAAUUUUAAUUGUUUUACAUUAAAUGUAUUAAAUUUCUAUAACCAUAAUAUUAGUGUUACAAAUGUUUUCUACAAUAUUUUUAAAGUGGGCUUAUGUCUUCAUCCAUUGUGCUACGUAAACUCCUUUAAAAAUUUCUCUUUAUUAUAUAAUUAUCUUAUAAAUACGAACCUUUCUUUAUUUAUACUUAUCAGAUCAUUGAACAUACUUAAAAAUGAUAAAAUUAAUAAAAUCAUAUAUUCACUAAUUUUUGGGGAACAGAUUAAUGAAUGUUUUUUACAUAAAAUUUUAUCAAAUGAAUUAAAGGAUCCUUAUUUUUAUGCUUAUUUUUUUGAUGCACACAAAAAAAUGAAUAUCAAUAAAAAUACAAAUGAUGAUAUGGAAUUUGAAGAUAUUUACACAUCUUCCAUAAAUUACUUAUUACCUGAAUAUAACAAGGAAGAAGAAGCUUCCUAUUUAAAUCUAAUUAAUAAAUAUUAUAAUAAUAUGGUUACAAAAAUAUUAUCUUGUUCCAAAGAAAAUGGUAAAGGAGAACAAGGCGAAAAGGAAGCCAAAAGAAUUGUUAGUGAGGAAAAGAAGGAAAUUGAAGAAAAUAAAGAAAAUUGUUCGAUUAUUCAAGAAAAGGAGAUUAACAAGACAGGUGAUGAAGAUAAGAAGAUUAACAAGACAGACGAUGAAGAUAAGAAGAUUAACAAGACAGAUGAUGAAGAUAAGAAGAUUAACAAGACAGAAGAUGAAGAUAAGGAUAUUAACAAGACAGAAGAUGAAGAAAAGGAUAUUAACAAGACAGAAGAUGAAGAAAAGGAUAUUAACAAGACAGAAGAUGAAGAAAAGGAGAUUAACAAGACAGAAGAUGAAGAUAAGGAGAUUAACAAGACAGAAGAUGAAGAAAAGGAAAUUAACAAGAAUGAUGAUAAGGAUAAUCAUAAUAAAGAAAAAGUUGAUGAAGAUAAACAGAUUAACAAGACUGAUGAUAAGGAUAAUCAUAAUAAGGAUAAAGUUGAUGAAGAUAAACAGAUUAACAAGACAGAUGAUAAGGAUAAUCAUAAUAAGGAUAAAGUUGAUGAAGAUAAACAGAUUAACAAUACUGAUGAUAAAGAUAAGAAGAAUAAUAGUACUUGUCAGGAACAAAAAGAAAAAGAAUCAGUUGAUAAAAAAGGAAAACAAGAUGAACCAAAUGUUCUUAAAGAAAAGGAGUUGAAAGAUCAAGAAAAUAAAGAACAUGUUAACGAAAAGGAUAAUAAAAAAAAAGAUAUAUUGGAUCAAAAUUUUAAAGAGAAAGAUAUAAAUGAAGAAGCAACUGUGAUAGAAGAAGAAAACAAACAAACUAAGAUAAAUUCUAUGAAAGAAAAUGAGAAUAUUGGUGAUAUAGAAAAAAAUUUAACAAGUAACAACAUAAUGAAAUAUAACGAAUUAAGUAACCCAAUAUUACUUAAUUUCAUGUUACUUACGAAUAUACAAAAAGAGAAAAAUAUUAAAAAAUGUGAAAAAGAUAAUAUUAAAAAUAAAAUAUCAGAUAUAUAUUUAUUGUUAAGUAUCCAGUUUAUUUAUAAUUAUUUAAAUACAUCAGAUGACGAUUUGAAUAAUAUGAACAUUUCUUUUUUUAAAGUGUCUAAUUACAAUUUCUUAUAUAUUUAUUGGAACAUUAUAAAUGUCCAUAUAAAUAAUUUAUACUUACGAAUUAUUACAUUGAAAUUGUUAGUUAAUUUGACAUUAUUGUAUGUUCAGAAAAUAAAGGAUAAAAGUGUGUGUACCACAUUUGUAACACCAUUAUUAUCAUUAGUGGAAAAGAUUAAGAAAAAAUUGGCAAAUAAAAUUAAAAGCAUUAUAUGCAAAAUGGAAUAUAAAGUGUGUCAAAUAUUUUGGGAGGAAUCUAAAAUAUAUGAAAAUUGUUGUCAAGAAAAAAUAAAUAUAUGUGGAGACUCCAUAUUAAUGAAUAUCGUUAAUGAAGCAGAAGAAUUUGAGGAUUAUCACUUUCUGUCGUAUCCUGUGUCUCAAAUAGAAAUAUACAGAAGAAAUGUUCAU